ACCAAGUCGUCCCGACGACCACCCGACACCCACACAGCUAUGCGGCCCCGCCGCAGAGACGCCUCCGCCUCCGACUCCGACGACGCCGACGCGCGCUCCUCCUCCCCUCGCCCGCGCCGCCGCCCCGACCCCGCGCCGCCGCGCGCGCCCCUCCUCAGCAGCCUCGUGGUCAAGCUGCAGCCGCGGGGGCCGGAGGAGGAGCACGGCGCGGCCGACCGGCUGGAGCGCCGGCGCGAUCCCCCGCCCGCCGCACGCCGCCCCCCGCGGGAGCCCUCGCCUCCAGGGUUCAUGCGCCGCCGGGAGUCGCGCCAGACGCCGCCGCCGCAGCAGCCGCACGCGGCGCCGAGGCGCCGCGGCGGCAGCGCGUCCCCUCCUCCCCCUCGCCGCCGCGGGAGCCCCCUGGGGUUUCGGCCUAGGUAUCCCCAGCCCCGUGAGGAGCCACAAGGAUAUCACCCGCACUCAGGUUCCAUGAUACCUCCACGUGGCCGCGGAGUAGAAAGCAGCAAUUUCAAUGACGGUUCACGUUAUGGAUAUGAGCUGGCAAGUAAAGGAGGUGAAAGGUUACAAUAUGUUUCUCCUCCCAAUGGAAGAGGAAGACCACACAGGAGGGAUGGUGGUGCUCCUGGAAAAGAUUUCAUCUUCAUUAAUGGAGAAUAUGUGCACAGGAAUGACCCAAACUUGUCUCCAAGAGAAGGUGACUGGAUAUGUCAGAAUCCCACUUGCGGAAAUCUUAAUUUUGCUCGGCGGUCUCACUGUAACAACUGCAACAAGGAACGCUAUGCACCUGCCAUGUACAAGUCCAGCUACAGUCCUGACAGACGCCAGUUCAACUCUCCACCACAAGGGCCACCGAGUAGGGUUAUUGGUCCACCGAGUGGCCGUGAUCUGCCAAGGGAGAAACAAAGGUAUAGAUCACCACCGCGUGGUUGGGGUAUGGUCCGACCGGAUGAUCAUAGGGACUAUUCUACGCAGUUGUCCCAAGAUCGUCCAGGACGAAUGGCAGACCCUAUGCACAGGGACAGGAUCAACUUCGGGGAUGAACUUCCACACCGACAGCGUGGGAAGUUUGACUGGGAUGGCUAUAAUCACCGGGAGCAUCCACGCGAUGGACCAUAUCUUGACCGAAGAGAACCACGGUUGGGGUCUCCCAGGGGUAACUGGGGACAAGCUGUACGGGACAGAAGUCAUUCACCCAUGCGUAACAAGCCCAUGAACAGGGGACUAGACUUACGGGAGAGAAGCCGUUCACCCUUUCGGGACAGGCCCUUGAACAAAGCCUCCAUUGGAAGAGGUGGACCUGACCGAGACUAUGUUCAUCCAUUUGACACCCAUGGGCGACCUCAUAAUUUGGGCAAUAGCCGUGGCCAUGGUUACAGGCAGGAGGAUGAUCUGUUUCCUAUUCGCAAUCAAGGUGACCAGCGUGUCCUUUCCCGUCAUCGGAAUGGAAUCCACUGAAAUGUAAUAUCUUUCAGCUGGGUACAGAUUCUUCGUGUUGAUAGGCUAUCUGGAAAAGCGAAUCUAAUAAAAAUUAUCUCGAUGCUUGAGGACUCCUGAAGCUUUGUAAUAAUGUUUAAUGUUUUGUACUGUGUAGUUACUUCCUUGGUUGGGUUGUUUCAGUGGAAGUUUCACCAUUAGAAAUGUCUUCAUGAACUGAAUUUAAAGGGCAAUGCUAGGAAUGAAUAUUGGAGUGGUUAAAGAUGAACACAACCAUACUGUGCUCUGUAUGUUUUAUUGUGUGAAAUCUUGAGGUGUAAAUUUUGUUUA